UUUUUAAAUGGGAAGAGUGUUUUGGUUUUAAUGAAAGGAUCUUCCUGUGUGAGCUACUCUCUGCUGAAGCUAAGCUGGUGUGCCAGAGCUUCGGUGUAUGACGGUUCAUUUUAUUACUGUAACUUCUAAAAGGCGCACCCUUGCUUAGAGGCUCCGUGUAGAGACAGAAAUGAACCUGCCAUCUAAACAGGAGUGUGAGGGGUGGGACCAGAUACAAGUGGCCCUUUUAAUGAGCAAGAAUAAGAUGCAGGAUUGUGCUGCCACCGUGACCAAAUUGAAAAUUAAUGGACAAAGACUUCUGAACCUGUCUGACAACGACAUCAGCAAGUUCAGUCUCAUCCAUCAGCCGCAGCUACAGAAACUUGUUCAAGAUAUCAAGAAAAACGACGGCAGCUUACUGGAUAAAAUCAGAAGACUGAAAAGCAAACCACGUCCAAAUGUACCUGCAAGAGACUACAGAGAUGACAACAGGGAAGGUGAUCAAUUCUCUGAACCAGAAUAUGAUAAUGGCAGUGACACAUAUGAAGAUCCACAUGACGAUGACAGCUAUGAGCCUCCUCCAAACCAAAGAGUCUUCAAAACUCCCUCGGCGUCUCUCCCAAGGGGGGAGUACAUUGACAGCUGCCGUAACCGUCCCAACCAGCCACCCAGGAAGCCCCUUCACCCAGGCAAAGCCUCCAAACAGCUUCCGCCUGAGCCCACCCACCUGGGGAGUGAUGAAGACAACUACAUAAACCCAGAUGCCACUUCUGAUGAUGACAACUAUAUAGAACCUGCAGAGAAUACAUCUCCCAGAUUUUAUGAAGUCCCUGACAAAAAGAAUAACUCUUUAACUCCUUCAGCAAACAGAGUGCUUCCUGUUCCUUCUAAACAGCCUCAGUCUUUACCACCUAAACCAAGCCCCAGGGUUAACAUGAGGAGAUCUCCGCUUCCUGUCCAGGAGCCAACAGGUGAUGAUGAAUAUGAAGUUUGUGAUCCAGAUGAUGAUUCCUGUGAUAAACCUGCAGGUGGUCGUCCUCCUCGUUUACCUACACCUUUAUCCAAAGAGAGAUCACUAAAACCCCCAACAUGCCUGAAGCCAGAUUUAAAACCAAGGGAAUUUGAAAGCAGAAUGCUGCCUUCAUUCUCCACUGACCAGAAACCUGUAACAAAAGCUUUCACAAUGGAAUUCAAACGACCAAAAAUUCCUCUUCCACAGUUGACCUUGCCCAAGCCAGCUGAAAGAGGAAGUGUCACUGCUGAAAGUGGGUCGUUAGACGAGGACAAGGGUGCUGACCUAUACAGAAAGCCCUGGUAUGCGUCCAGAUGUGAUCGCAAAACUGCUGAUGAUACCUUGUUACGCUCAAAUAAGGAUGGAGCAUUUAUGGUGAGACAGAGCUCCGGCCAUGAUGCACUGCAGCCCUACACGUUAGUGGUGUUCUACAAUGGCAGAGUGUACAACAUCCCAAUCCGCUUCAUACCAAACGCUCAGCAGUAUGCCCUGGGAAGAGAAAAGAAAGGAGAGGAGUACUUCAGCAGCCUCUCGAAGAUCAUUGAGAACCACCAGAAGAAUCCUCUGGUGCUGAUUGACAGUCAGAGCAACACCAAGGACACCACCAAGCUGUGCUACCCUGUAAAGCCAUAGACGACACCCUCUCUGACUGCAAACAGCGACAGCUGGAGCUGAACACCUGUCCACUGUUUUUACUGAAGACUCCUGCAAUGUCACUUAGCAUCUGUGUUGCUCAGCUGCAGUUUUUGAGUGGGGGGGAGCUUCAGGUGAACAUUAUAGGGGUUUAAAUUACAGCUGUGUGGUAAUUAAGACUUUGCUCCAUCAUCCAAACUGGAAAAAGAGCCAUUUAGGAGUAUCAGUGUGUGUUUAAACCAUAAGUUAUGUGUGAUUAUUUAGACUGCCAUCAGUGGUGAUCUAAUGACACACUGCAACAUAGUGAUAUAUAUAGGAAUCAGCUAAUUGCUAUUAUACAACUAUGCGUUGCCUUUUAAAACCUGCAUAGAUAUUAUGCACUGUUUAUAUCUGUCUGCAGCAGUUCAGGGGUUUUCUACAGGACAUCUGCCAGAUUCAGAGGAAACCAUAGGUGCAGCUUAUUGUAACUCAAAUAUGGAAUUGCAGUGAUCAUGUGACCCAGAAAACAAGUCCAAACCCAUCCUUUGCCUUAAACCUAAGCAAGGUGGGCGCCAGAUAAACCCAACCAUUGUCAUAUGCUCAUCUCCUCUAAAACAAGGUCCUUUCAGCAAAGCAUGUGCUGGUCUCACAGAGCUUAAGUAGCACAGACUCACAAGACUUUAAUUCAUGUUUUUAUUAAGUUUUUUUUUCUCCAAGUCAGUAAACAGUGUAUUAAAAGCAAUGCAAGGAAUGAGACAAGUGUUGUUGCAGCAGAAAGAAGCAGGGAUACCUUUUUUUGUUUAAAACAUCAGGGAGCACAAAAAUACAAAAUUGUACAUUUCGUUUUAAUAAACCUCUUGAGUUAAA